UCACUGAAUGAUAAUUUAUGCAGGAAACUUGCCCCCUCAAGCUAUAUAAUUUAAAACACUUGAAAUAGUUUAAAACAUCCCUGAUUUAUUUUCCAAGCAAUGGGUUGGGUAUGGAAGAACGACGACGUUUCGGACCGUUACGGCGCCGAUGAUUUUUUGAACCCUAGAUCAUCAUCCUCCGGCGGCGAUGGCGACGGAGGCGGCGGUGAACGGUGUGCUACUAGGAAGAUUGUGAGUACUAAAUGCCGAACCGAAGAAACUGAGCCUGGAAAAUUCAUACGAAAGUGUGAAAAAACUGAGCAAACUUUCAAGGAUUGUAUUGGGAGGCCUUCUGAGAUGGUAGAGUCUAAUAAAGAAUACACAGAGGAAGAUGUCACAGACCAAAUGACAAAAGGUUCACAUGCCAUAGAGUCAAGUGUGCCUUUUGAUUUCCCUGGGCUGCGUAGUGAUAUUGAGAGUAUUGAGCGGAACUUCUUCGGUAACCUUGAUCGUUUCUUUGAAGCAGCUGAGGAGAUGAAGAAUGGCUUCUUUGGUGCAUUCAACAUUCCUCGUAUAUUUGAUGACGACCUAUCAUCCUCACGUGGGAGACGUGGUAUACCUGUCGAAUCUGAUCCUCCUAAAGAAGCUUUUCCUGAACCAAACAGGUCCGAUGGAGAGGUCGAUCUUUCUGGUCUGGCUAGAGAUGUUUGAAGCAAUUACGUAGGAGAUUUUGUUUAAGGCAUAUCACUCAUGAUUCCCAUAGAUUUGUGAAUAUGUUGCUACUAUGUUUAUGCACACGCCUUAGAUUUUGUUUCUGUUGCUGAACCUCUUGUCUAAAUGAAGGUUCUAAUAAUUCCAACUCAUUAAGCUA